GCUAUCCUGAUUCAAGUCUAAACUCUGAUUGGAAAAUUGCGUCCCAAUAUUGAUUCCAAUUUCCAUUUCAAUGAUCACUCCCCGGCAAAACGCCGGAAAGUAUUACCAAUCACUUGACUUUCUCUUAUCUUCAAUGAUCAAUAUUCGCUCGUUCGCACACCAAUACAAAUCAAAGUGUCAGAAAGGAUGCAACCUGGCUCUUGCCUCCUACUAUGUUUGGGUUGGUUUUUCCAAUCUCACGACGCUUUCGCAGAUUAUGCAAUCCCCAGUUCUUCAAAUUCCUGAAGAUAUCGUCAGCUAUAACAAAGGCCAACUAUCUACCCGAAACUAUGUCCAAACCACCACUCGAGUGAACGUUCCGUUCCCUUGCGAUUGCAUCGGUGGUGAAUAUCUAGGUUACGUAUUCAAGUACCCAAUUCAAACAGGGGACACAUAUGUGAAGGUUGCGAAUCAGAGCUAUUCCAAUCUGACCACUGCUUCGUGGUUGCAGAGCCACAAUGGCUAUCGGCCGACUAAUUUUCCUAAUUCUGGAACAUUGAAUGUGACAGUGAACUGUUCGUGUGGGGAUAGCCACGUUUCGAGAGAUCAUGGGUUGUUCAUCACGUACCCGCUUAGAGCUGAGGAUUCUUUGGAUUCAAUUGCGAACCAGACGAAUCUUGAUCGAUCGUUGCUGCAGAAGUAUAAUCCUGGUGUUAAUUUUAGCAGAGGGAGUGGUGUGGUGUAUAUCCCCGGGAAAGACAGUAAUGGUGCCUAUGUGCCCCUGCCCCCGAGCCCCAAAGGGCUAAAAGGCAUCGGUAUUGCUGGAGUAUCUGCUGGAGCAAUAGCUGGAAUUCUGUUAUUGAUAGUUUGUCCGUAUGUCGUGUAUUACCGAAAGAAGAAGGAGGAAGAGGAAAAAUUGCUUUCAGCAUACGCUGCUCAACCUGGUAAUGAUUCCAAUAGUCUUCCUGCUUCUGCUGAUACUAGCAUCAAAGGUAUUACUGUGGACAAAUCAGUUGACUUCUCAUAUGAAGAACUAGCUCAAGGCACAGAUAACUUCGGUAUGGGAAAUAAAAUUGGUCAAGGUGGUUUUGGGGCUGUCUACUAUGCAGAGCUGAGAGGCGAGAAAGCUGCAGUAAAAAAGAUGGAGUCACAAAAAUCAAGGGAAUUUCUUGCUGAAUUGAAAGUGUUAACAUGCGUUCAUCACCUAAACCUGGUGCGCUUGAUUGGAUAUUGUGUUAAGAGGGAUUCUCUUUUCCUUGUGUAUGAAUAUAUUGACAAUGGAAACUUAAGCCAACACCUGCGAGAUUCAGGGAGAGAACCCUUGCCAUGGUCUAUGCGAGUGCAAAUUGCUCUGGAUUCAGCUAGAGGUCUUGAAUACAUUCACGAGCAUACUGUGCCUAUUUAUAUUCAUCGUGACAUAAAGUCGGCAAAUAUAUUGAUAGAUCAAAACUUCCGGGCUAAGGUUGCAGAUUUUGGGUUGACCAAGCUCACUGAAGUGGGAAGUUCAUCACUUCCCACUGAAAAUCUUGCAGGCACCUUUGGUUAUAUGCCACCUGAGUAUGCUUAUGGUAGUCUUUCACCAAAAAUUGACGUCUUUGCUUUUGGAGUUGUCCUAUAUGAACUUAUAUCUGCUAAAGAAGCUUUGUCCAGGGCUGGUGAAGCUGGUUCCGAAACAAAAUCCCUUGUCUCUUUGUUUGAAGAAGUUUUUGAGAAGCCUAAUCCAAAAGAACAUCUUCAAAAGCUUGUUGAUUCUAGGCUCGGUGAUCAAUACACAAUCGAUUCGGUUUACAAGAUUGCACAGCUAGCCAAAGUGUGCACAGAUGAAGACCCAGACCGACGUCCAAGCAUGAGAUCUGUUGUGGUGACUCUAAUGACACUUUCUUCUUCUUGUGUGGAAUGAGACACUGCCUCCUUGUAUGAAAAUCCAUCAUACACAGAAAUGUUGUCCGGAAAGCAGAUGUAGAAAAUAUAUGUCAAUAAUAUUUAAAUUAAGUGACUCACAUGUUAUUUUGGAUUCCCCUUGUUUUUAAAUCCAAAAUAAUGAAUAAUAAAGAUGCUAAUUUUUUCAUCAAA